AGCAUUCUAUUGUUUUCGUGUAAUCAGUGGGAAGAAUUAGCACGAAUCACGUAUUAACAACAGUUUCUGUUAUGAUUAAAAACGCCGUGUAGAGUUGUUAAGGAGCUCAGUUUCAGACGGUACCUGGCGGUGUCAACAUGUUCAUCCAGAUUGUGCAAGUAGCUCAAGUGUUCGUAGCUUACAGCAUGCUAGUGCUGGUAUUUUCAGUUGGUUCACUCCUGAAAUCUUUCCCAUCCUUCCGGAAAAGCAUCAUCAGAGCCUUCGACAUGAUUACUAAGGUAAAGCUACCGGUUACUUCAUAUUGGGACUCCUUGUUCUCCGAUCAAAUGUUCCAGAACGUGUGGCAUAGCGUGGCUUUGGACAUGAACAAGAAGGCCAAGCAAGGAGGCGACGCUCCAAACAGCCCAGUAGUGACAUUGUCUGGAAAUAUUUGUUUUCCGCUAUUAGAGGUGGCCAAAGCUGGACGGCCCCUUGUUUUGAACUUUGGAAGCUGUACCUGUCCUAUAUUUAUGAGUCAGUUGAACGACUUUCAAGAAAUGGUCGACCAAUUCAAGGACAUCGCAGAUUUUUGUGUUGUUUACAUCGAGGAGGCUCAUCCCGCAGAUGGUUGGGCUUUAAAGAACAACUACAACAUCAGAACACACAGAACGCAAGCCGAAAGAUGUAAAGCUGCCAGAGAAUUGGCGCGAAAAAUUCCAGAAUGUCCAGUGGUAGUAGAUACUAUGCUUGACACGGCAAAUAUUGCUUAUGGUGCUCUUCCAAUCCGGUUUCACAUUAUUCAGGACAGAAAGGUUCGUUAUGAAGGUGGGCCUGGACCAAUGGGUUACAACAUGAGCGUAGUAAAGACGUGGCUGGAAAAGUAUCGGGCCGAGAAGUGAACACUAUAACACAGUUGAUGGUGGACAAAGGUUGUUGGUACCUACACUAAAAGCCACUUCAGUGACGUUGUUCAGCUGGCGCUGCUAUUGUUCCUGAAUGAUGAGAACCAUCACGGAACUUUCAUCAGCCAUGAAAAUUUCGAGGAGGCAGUAUCAGCUUCAAUUUUGAUGUCAAGAAGAACUUCUCGGAGGAGAUCGUCAUGGAAAAACGGUUUCGUGGGAACAUUACCGUUGCGAAUGGUAUAGAUUAGUCUCGGAACAGUGUUGUAAUCAUUCACUGAAAUCAAGAGGACAUGAGUUUUGGCUCAGUUGUCAAAUAUCAUCAUCAAAGGCACUCUUGGCUGAUUGUGUUUUAGAUCGAAGGACAGAAAAAUACGAAAAAUUAUUCCGAACACACAGAACAGAUUUAAUAGCUUAAUAUUUGACUAGAACGGUAGCUAUAUUUAGAAUGCAAUAAAAUGGAAACAGAUAUA